GUCCGAAUUCAGAAUUCAUAGCGAUGAACGAUUAUUCAGCAUUUUCGUUUCACAGAUAAGAUAAUCGCUUCAUUGAGGGAUAUUCUUCUCUGAAGAUGACAUCCAAUUCAGUAGCCACUCUAGAUUUUAAUGCUUCUGUUCCACGAACUCGCCGGGCCCCACUUCAUCCAUCCACCAAACAACAUAGAUACGAAAGCUCGUCUCUAUCUCACGAAUUACCUCCCGAUCACACCACAAAAACUGCCCAUAACACUAGUUCCAAAAGCUCCUAUAAAGAAUCUCGCUUUAUUAUCCGUGAAGAAGAUGGUGAUAAAAUCAGGUUCAAUAAAGGAAAGGACCUAAUUGAUUCCAACGGUGAAGAAAAAAAUAAUAACGGUCAGGUUAGAAACUCGUGUGAUGAUGUUAUCGAGGGUAGAAAAAGUAGUAAUAUCUACAGAGGAAGCACAGGCAGUGAUGUCAGCGAAGAGAGCAGCUCGAGUAGCUUUAGCAGUGCUAUAUACAAACCCCACAAAUCAAACGACGUGAGAUGGGAAGCGAUCCAGGCCGUUAGAUCACGUAAUCAAAGGUCGUUGGACUUGAAGGAUUUUAGGGUUUUCAAGAAAUUGGGGGGCGGCGAUAUAGGCAGCGUACACCUGGCGGAGCUUAUAGGUACAAGGACUUGCUUUGCGAUUAAAGUGAUGGAUAAGGAAGUUUUAGCUAGUAGGAAGAAACUUCUAAGGGCACAAACAGAAAGAGAGAUUUUGCAGUGUCUUGAUCACCCGUUUCUUCCGACUUUGUAUAGUCAUUUCGAGACAGAGAAAUUGUCUUUUCUUGUGAUGGAGUUUUGCCCAGGUGGAGAUUUGCAUGCGCUUCGGCAAAGACAGCCUGGCAAGUGUUUUCCAGAGAGUGCUGCAAGGUUUUAUGUAGCCGAAGUUCUUCUCGCAUUAGAGUAUCUCCACAUGCUCGGAAUCAUAUACAGAGAUCUCAAACCCGAAAACAUUCUAGUGAGAGAAGACGGCCACAUAAUGCUUUCGGAUUUCGACCUUUCGUUAAGGUGCACAGUCAGCCCAACCCUAGUUAAGUCCUCCAGCCCAACCCUAGAGUCCAAAGCCUCUUGUAUCGAACCCUCGUGCGUAAUCCAACCAUCUUGCAUUCAACCCACAUGCUUCGGACCAAGAUUCUUAAAACCCAAAUCGAAAAAAGUGAACAAAAAGUCAACGGAGGUCAACACCCAAGUCAACCCUCUUCCGGAACUCAUGGCGGAGCCCACGAGCGCCCGCUCCAUGUCAUUUGUCGGGACGCAUGAAUACUUAGCGCCUGAAAUUAUAAAGGGCGAAGGGCAUGGAAGCGCGGUGGAUUGGUGGACUUUCGGUAUUUUUUUAUACGAGCUUUUGUUUGGGCGGACCCCGUUUAAGGGGCAAGGGAAUAGGGCGACGUUGUUCAAUGUUGUGGGCCAGCCCUUGAGGUUUCCAGAAGGUACUAGUGUGAGCUUUGCUGCGCGUGAUUUGAUUAGGGGUUUGCUUGUGAAGGAGCCGCAGAAUAGGCUCGCGUAUAGGCGUGGUGCGACCGAGAUAAAGCAGCACCCUUUCUUUCAGAGCGUGAAUUGGGCUUUGAUCCGGUGUGCUAGUCCACCGGAUGUGCCUGUGCCGUUUGUGAUGAUGCAGGAUGAGGGUGCACCUGCACCUGCACCUGCGCAUGCGCAUGCACCGUCGGUCGAUGUGAAGCCUUCGGGUAAAUACUACGAGAUUGAUUUUUUCUGAUUUUUUUUUUUUCUAAAUUAAUUCAAUUGGGCUGGAAAAUGGUUUGAUUGGAUCGGUAAAAUUCCGAUUUUUCUAAAAGAAAAAAAAGUUGGAAUCAUAUGUAAGUUUCUUUGUCCCUUUUUUUAUUUUCACAAACACUAAGGACCCACAAUUUCCUUUUGCCCUUUCCCAUUUUCACAAAACACACACACUUGUGUGUAUUUAUUUAAUGUAUGUAAUUUUACUUUUAACUUUGCUUUAGCGUGCAAGAAAAUGAUGAGAGGAAUUGGUAAUAAGUCAAGUGUAAUUAGGGACCA